UGUUGUUCAGUCUGUGAUAGGCUUCCCUAAAAUGUGGUUGCUGCUACUUUGUGCUGUGAGUGUCUUCGCACAAAAUGGCACUGAACUUCGUGAAGUAUUCGAUUACCAAUCCAUGCCAGCCCUCUCCGAAUUGGACGACUUCGACAAAUGCCUAAAGGACCCUGAAGCGGUUUAUUGCAUUGUGGAUAUGGAACUUCUGGAAGAUGAUACACCAUUGUACCAGUAUAUAAAGAAUUUCUCGUCGCUAUAUUAUAGAAACUAUAAGCACUCAAAACUACAUCGCGGCGUGUGUGGAACACAACAUUGUGGAUUGAAUUUGACACAUGCGAAUGUAACCGAUUUAACAGUGGAUACUUUGAGAGAAUGCUUUAAUGCGAGUAUACAUAAAGGAUAUGGGUUGCAGGUGGAAUCACUAUCAGUACGUUACUGCAAAACUCAGAAAGACCGUCUGCCAAUAGACUGGCUGGACAUCAUCAUUGGUAUUUUAAUACUUCUGGUCUUAUUCGUGAACCUUGGUUGUUCCGCUUACUACUUCUUCUGGCCUCCACAGGAAAGAGGUAACAGAUAUUUGUUAGCAUUUUGUAUCCAGAAAAAUUGGAAAGCAUUGAAGUAUGGCGGCAGUGCUGAUGGAGGAAUUUUCAAAUGUUUUCAAGCUAUGAGGUUUUAUACAAUGGCAAUGAUUCUUGGUCUUCAUUCUAUGAUCUUCAUUGGUUAUGGCUACACGGAGAAUCCAGAAUUCAUUGAAAAUUCAUACGACGAUUUCUUCAAAUCCCUCCUGUUCAACGCUCGCAUCAUAGUGCAAAUAUUCUUUGUGAUGGGAGGAUUUCUGAUGGCUUACAAGAUGCUGACAUAUGCUGAAACUCACGAGUUCAGUUUGAAGACUGUGCCUAUGGCUAUUGUUAAUCGCUGGCUCCGAUUAAUGCCAGCUGUUCUCGUAGUAAUGGGUCUGGCAAUGACCUGGGUGCCCCAUUUAGGAUCUGGUCCAAUGUGGGACGCAGUAGUCAAGCGCGAGCGAGACGUCUGCAGGAUGAAUUGGUGGCAACUGGUUAUACUAAUGCCAAAUGUGUUCCCAUUUGAGAAUCUAUGCCUUCCUCAGGCUUGGUACUUGGGAACUGACACGCAACUAUUCCUUCUGACGAUGGUAGUAAUGCUCAUCAUCUGGCGCUGGCCAAGGUCCGGAGUACCGGUCUUAAGUGGGGUGAUGGUAGCGAGUUUAUUGAUACCAUUCCUGCAGAGUUAUUUCAUGGAUUUGCUGCCUAUUCGCGUCAGCAUAUUCCCUGAAUCGAUCCGUAAUAUAUUUGGAUUCAACUACACGUUUUACCACGCGUAUGUGUCGGCCCAGGGAAACUGGGCUGGCUAUCAUCUUGGCGUGCUGACUGCGUGGUUCUAUCAUCGGGCGCAGAACAACAAGUGGAAUCUGGGCGAAUCUUGGCUUCUAAAGUCUCUGUUCCUCAUCUCUAUCCCCAUUGCUUUUGGGACGGUGUUGAUGGGCUGGGAUCUCCAUCACCGAGAGGCGACCGCCUUCGAAUCUGCCAUUUUUAACGCAUUGAAUCAAAAUUUCUUUGCGUUUGCGAUUUGCAUUUUCAUCAUCGGUUGCUUCUAUAAAUGUAACAAGAUCUACGUUGGCUCCGUAGAAUGGGGUCCAUUGCAGCCACUUGGCAGAAUGUCUUACUGCGCUAUGUUGGUCCACGCUACUGUACUAAGGACCUAUGGUGGUCAAAUGAGACGCUCGUUCUACGCCACAGAUUACACAGCUAUCAUGUUGUACGCAGGCAUCGUAUGCACCACCUAUCUCGCAGCAUUACCACUCCAUCUAUUCGUUGAAGCCCCGGCGUGUGCCAUACAGAAGAUCUGGUUUAGUCCCAAACGGGUCCCAAGGGAGGAGAAGAUGACAGUGAAAACUGGAGUAUCUAACGCGUCUGUGUCAACUGUGUCAACACACAUUUAAAUUACUGGAUUCAAACCAUACUAACAGAUUGAAAUCUGUUAGUUACAAAUUAUCUUAGCGAAGUGUAUUAAGAAUACAAUUGAUUCGAUUUCAUAUGAUAGCCUAUUUUUUUUACAAAAUAUAUUCUUUUUAAUAUACUUCCAGCAGUCGUAUGGUUAUGGAAAAGAUGAUACAGAAACUAAGACUAAGACCCAAAACUCGACGGCUGUAUAAAAUGUUUUAUAGGCCGGCAACGAAUUCUCCCUGGCAUUGAGAGUGUCUAUCGGUGUCACUUCACAUCAGAUGAUCCGCCUUCCUUUCCCCCUGAUCUAUAAAAAUAGCUAUGAAGAUCACGAAACAGAUACAGAAAUCUGAGGUCCAGACUUAAAAUAUUGUAGCGCUGGGUUUUACUUCCAACAGUUUUCGGUUUGUUACUAAUUACUAACAACAAAUGUAAUUAUUGUAAAUAGCAAUGUCAUAAAACGUACAUACAUUUUGAUAUAUAAUUUAAAAAAAAAUCGAAGUCAAUUCUAGAACUUCCAAGGAAUCUUCCAAUAUGUAUAAGUAUUUUAAACAAGUUAUUAAGUUGUGUAAGUACCUACAGACUUAGUUUUAGUUUAACGAGAACUUCAAGCGAAGUUCUCGUUUCUGAUUAUUAGAGUUAAGAAAUAUUGUAAAUAAUAUAUUUUAAAAAUAAAC